GUAAACGCUGAAAUUGCAGCGAGGAAAGGGCAGAUAUCUUAAACUUUAAAUUUGUAUUAAUUUUUAGUAUCCUGAAAAUAUGGAGCUGUUUAAUUUGGCUGUCAUCUUAUGCUGAUGUACUGCAGCAAAAAUAGUUCACAGAGAUGAUGUCCCUUGAUAUAUCUGACAGUGCUCAAAUCUAUGCUGCGUUCCUAGUUUACCUGGACCUAUUAGAAGGGAGAAACUGGCAUGAAGUCAAGUAUGUUGGAUUAGCAGAGCUGCAGCUCAUAUGUUUACAUGCACGUGAAAGAGAAGUGGACAAUCUACAAGUGGUGGUGCCAGUACCUGUGCACAUAUCACUAAGUCAUGAGAGGAUAAGAGAAAUCAUGCAGAAAGCCUCUCUCCCACAGGACAAACCUGACACCCCACAGUCAGUUACCUUGGCCAUAGUUGAGUCAGAUUCCACAGUAGUCUACUAUAAAAUGACUGAUGGCUUUGUAAUGCCAGAUCCUCCUGAUGAUACUGAAGAUGUGGACAAUAAACAGUGGAGGAAGAAAAGAAAGAAGCUUUUCAAAUGAUUAAGACAAACAGACUUUUAUUGAACUGCUGUCCGCAAACCUAAGCAAAUCCAGGAACUUAUGUAUGUGAAUAAGUAGUGCGAUAAAGUCUCACUUCUGCCUAUCAAGCAUCUGUUCACAGAGGAGAAUGGAGGCUUGUGCAGAUAGAUGCACAGUAAUAAAAUGCCAGUAUUACAUGGGUCACGCUUUUGAGGCAGAUUGCUUCUGACUAAUAAAUACACUUCUGAGAAGUUUCCAAAGCUAGUCUCUCCUUUAUACCUAUUCAGCUACGUAACAGAGUAAGCUCAUCAUUACCUAUAUUAUAAAUGUUUAUUAAAGGUAAAUCUUAAGGGUUUCUGGCAGGAGUACUGAUACUGAGUUAAGGACUUUGUAGUUUACGGAGUCCCUUUGUUUUAACACUGUAGAAGGGCUCAUGCUACCUCCCGGUUUUCUUUGCUGAAUACUUAUCUUCUUGUCCCCAGGUUUUUGAGAAGAGGUUUUUCCACAGAAACACCCUAUUGUAAUUUUUUUUCUCCCGCAGAGGGAAAACUGACUACUGGAAUACCAGAGGCUACUAGAACAAAUCCUAGACUAGUAAGAGGGUUUUGGAGUCCUUGCAUCUGCAAGAGGAAGGACCAGCCUCUGCUAGUAGGUUCACCUGGAGGUAGGUUAUGACUGGAGCAAAUAAACCUGAAAAUGUUGACCUAGGGUGGUGUCACCCAUGUGGCUGAGUGCACACCACGUUAAAGGUCAGGAUCCAGAAACACUGCCAGGCUCAAAUACAGUGUUGGAGGCUGGUCUGAGAACCGAAAGUGCCUUGUGCUUGCAUCGCAGUGUAAUGAAGUUGCCUAUGUGAGGCCCUGCCCUCUUUCUUUUUGGGUCUGGUGUGUAAAAUUGCUUCACUGUGCUUUUAGUGCUUAAAGCUCUCUGAAGAGGACGAUGGUAAUUGGGUGCGUUUUC